CAUUACCCGAUGUUUCUAUCAUCUAUGUUUUUAUUUUUGAUGGAGAGGGCCGUAAGCCAUGACUACGAACGGUCGUUCAAACGAGACGAAAGGUAAGUAUAUAUCGCACUCUCGACCUGCCAUUCCUUCUCUCUUUGCCGUGUCCUUCUCAUCCAUCUCUGCAAAAGCCAAACCCAUGGCCACAGACCACGAUUCUCCUCGCAUCACGCCUAUCGCAGAGCCACCGCCAUGGCCACCUCGACCCUGCUCUCCCUCCCCGCCUCCGACGUCCCGACGACCGCGGCCACCGCCUCGGUCGUGGUCUCCAUCACCGUCUUCGUCGCCCUCCUCUGCGCCUGUCUCGUCAUCGGUCACCUCCUCGAGGGCAGUCGCUGGGCCAACGAGUCCAUCGCCUCCCUCCUCCUGGGUUUGUGUGCUGGUCUUGUGAUGCUGUUGGUUACCAAAUGGAAGAGGUCCCGCAUCCUCACGUUUGAUGAGGAACUGUUCUUCAUAUAUCUGUUGCCUCCCAUCAUCUUCAACGCCGGUUUUCAGGUCAAGAAAAAACAAUUUUUUCGAAAUUUCUCAACAAUUCUACUGUUUGGUGUACUAGGAACACUAAUAUCCUUUUGCAUCAUCUCCACAGGUAAGAAGUGUUGUUUCUUAGAAUGUCAACAAACUUAAAUCUGGAACUCAGUUAUUUUAUGAUUAAUGCACAUCCCCUCUCUCAAUUUUCAUUUUUUGAUUUAUAUGUGAAGAGAUGAAGGAACAUUGUGAACCUACAAUUUAUUUGCAUAUUGUUUCUAUUUAAUGUACAUCCCCUCGUGCACUGGGUACAUCCUUUUUAUUGUUUCUAUUUGAUAUUAACAUUACCUUCUUUGUCUAAUACAACCUAUAUUAUACUUUACUUUUAUUAUUUCUUUGGCAUUACCUAUGAGCUAUCAAACAUGGACACGAUCUUGGAAUUCUAGUAAGACAUCUCCAAUGGAACAAAUCUUGAAAAGGUAUGACACAAAAGGCCAUAGACCCAACAAUCAGUGGAGACAAUUUUUCUCCAUAUAUUAGUGUAGUUUUAUGUUAGAGAACAUACUUUAAAUCAAUGGAUGUGUUAUCUAAAAAUCCCAUUAUUAUGGCUUGUUUACAUCUCAUCCAUAGCAUUUCCACUAUUAUCAAGAAGAAACCAACAUAUCCUAAUGAUUCACAUUUCACUUCUGUUAUUUGCCUUCAUUGGAAAAAAUGGUGGAAUAUAACCCAACCUACAAAUAAACCUCAUUCAAAACAUCAACUGACUCCUUUGCCUUUAGGCCAAGUACCUGUUAGUAUAAUUGUUUCUAUCCUUUUUUGUGCCCAUCAACUAAUUUUCCAGUCUGUUGUAUAAUGAAGAUGAAUUUGGGAGUAGGAAAUUGGUUUUUUGGCCUGUUCCUAGUGAGCAUUGGAUGACAAGAAGAGGAGACAGAAAUAUUCUAAACAGGAGGCAUGGACAACUUAGAAAAAGUAGAGAAAUUAUUAUGGGCAUUUUUGUCCAUAUGUAUAAUGGUUUACUACUGAAAUGAACAUUGAUGCGAUGCUAUAUACAGUAGAAAUACUCUUAGUUAUGUAUUAAAAAUAUCUAUAACCCUCUGUUUCAGGCACCCACAGAGUGAUAUAUGGCAUGUGCAUGCACUAAAUUGUUUCUUCAUGUCUAAAACAGUGUAUACAAGCAUGUUAUUGUAAUCUCUGCAA